AUGUCAGACUCCGAAGUUAUUCCCCACGAUGUUCUGCCAACGUUUGAGACCGACAACGAGCUGCUCAACCGCACAUUGACGCAGAUCGAGCAGUUUUCGCGCGCUGAUGGACUUCCAGACUACCACACCGCUGUAAACGAGGAUCCUCCUUCGUACAGGCCAAACGACACCGUGCACAACCAGGAAAUACUCCAUGUGCGAGACAACGAGAGACUGCUGCUCAACAAUCUGGACCAGCUGGACAGAAUCGCUUCACCCGUCAAGAUCACCAUCAGAGCCACCAAAACCUUCCCUCAGAUGGGGAAGAGCAUUGAGCGAGGUAAUCCCCUGAAAGAGUUCCAUGCUGGCGAUAUCGUCACUGGCUGUGUGACCGUGCACAAUCCCUCAAGUACCAGAAUUCCUUUUGAGAUGUUUUUGGUGUCGCUCGAAGGCUACGUCACCAUCCCGUCCAUAAUGACCAACAAGGUGACCAAACGCACGUUUCUGAAGAUGUUCGAUUUCGGAGCAUGCUACAUGGACGGGUUCUAUCCGACGGCGAAUUUCCCCACACCCACGCAGUGCACGUACGACCCGUUCGACGAGACCUAUUACGGCUUUCCCGAAUCGAAGGUGCUUGAGCCAGGGAGCAAACACAAGAAAUUCUUCUAUUUCAGACUGCCAGAGACACUGCUCGAAAACUCGUGUGACCACCACAUCUACGAGCACUUUGAGAAGCUGCCACCUUCGUUUGGGCUCGACCGCGAUAGUUUCAACGGCAGAGCCAGAAACAUCACGAUCAACGAGUCGCUGGGAUACGGCCGGCUGCAGGACAUUGGCUCGCCCAUUCUGCUCAACGACCAGAGUGAAAACGGCCAGUCGGUAUCAUAUGCCAUCUCAGUGCGCAUGAUUGGCAAGUACCAAGACAUCUACAAGAACGACCCGAUGAAAAAAUUCAUCAUGAUAAAAGACGAGCAGCAUUUCUUCAGAUUCAUACCUGACGAGUCCCUAGACUUACCCUCUUACAAAGACAACCAGAGCCUGGCAAAACAGCCCACCAAGAAGCAAUUGGAAGGAAUUGCCAGAGCUGCCGAGGAGGCAAUAGAGAAGCUCACAAAGAUCAAAUUCUUGCACUCAGCAGGAGUCGAGAACGAGCACGACGUCAACGAGCUCAGCACGGCCACCGAAAAGCUCAAGAAAACAAAUAUAGACUUAUCUGCAGAGCCAAUAAUUUCGCCCGCUACAGACAGCUACCAAAAUAGCACCACUUUUCCGCUCUACAAGAAAAAGCUAUUUGGAUUCCCAAACGCCAAAUCAUCUGAAAAACCUAGCCAACUCAGGUUCAAGGCAUCGAUAAGCAAAAAUGUGCGACUCGGCUACAUUGUGCCCAGCGUGCUCUCCAAGAUCUCGUCGACAGAGAUCGAGCAGCAGAAGGCAUCGGUUCUUUCGCAAGUGCCGCUCCAAUCCCCAGUUCUGAGUCCCGUGACAUCUCAACACGGGGACGAGCUUGCCCCCGUCAGCUCGCUCACCAGUCUGAAAUCGCUAAAUGACGAUACACUUAAUGAACUGGUCUCCAAACUGGAGUCUAUUCCGUUUUCCAAUGAGGUGGAAAUACAGCUGGAUUCCACCUCAUCGCACCCUCCGGAGAUUGUGUACGUGCGUCCAGCUUUGAAGUCGUGCACAAUCUCCUCGCCAUCACCUAUUCCCGUCACUUUUGAUCCGGACUUUCUGCUCCAGGCAGAGACCCCGGCGAACGCUAUAAUAGGUGUGAAAGACGAAUUUUCGAGUUAUCUUGCAGAGCUGAAAUCGCUUGCUAGAGAGACGGGGCGAGGCAUAGAAAAACAGCUGUGCCACGACUUGAUAUCUCUCUCAAAUAUCGGCCUGGCGCAGAAAACUUUACCGGUCUUUGAAGAGGUAAUCUUGCGGAGCCAGCCAAAAUGGGUGCAAACCAGGGAGGGAUACUCAACUAGGUUCAAGAUCAAACUCAACUGGGACUACGCUACCAUUCGAAAGCUGACGUUGUUGCCUAGCUUCAGCAUAUGCUACCUCACCAAACUCUACUACCUGACGUUAAAGCUGGGCUUCAAAAAACACACCACCAACAGUGCAGUGCUGAAUGUGCCGAUCGAGGUGGCCAAGAUGAGUUUUGGAAAAAAUCUGCAAUGA